AUGUUCGGAUUAGGUGGCGGUGCUCCUCAAGUAAACUCGAAGCAAAAGCUCCAGGCUGCUGAAGCCGAGUUGGACAUGGUCACGGGGAUGUUCAACUCUCUUGUCUCGCAAUGUCACAAGAAGUGUAUUAACACUGCCUACAACGAAUCAGACGUCACCAAGCAGGAAGCUCUCUGUUUGGACAGAUGUGUUUCCAAGUACUUCGAAACCAACGUCAAGGUUGGUGAAAACAUGCAAAAACUCGGACAAUCCGGUGCUUUCAUGGGCAGACAAUAG